GUGAUGCCUCUCGAUAUAGUCAGUACUCUUUGACGUCCACGUCUCCCCGGGUGUCCGAUCUGUCCGAUCCCAGCUUGCCUGCCUACCGGUCGGUCGCGAUGUGCGACUCGCCCCCGCUCUAAAAAAAAGGACAAAAAGACACUCAGGAAGAAUAAUUGCAGGAAUGGCGGAGGGCGCAGUGACUCUUAAAGGACUGCGGGCUCAAAUGGCUGCAGCCGCGCAGGCCCAAGCCGACGAGCGGCGCAUCCAGGCUGUGUGUCCGGCAACUCCUACAAACGCAGCAGCCAAAACUCAGGGCUGUCGGCCAGUCCUCGACGGGGCCGCACUCCGAGUAGACGAUCGAUUGCGAGUUGCAAAGGAGAGACGAGAGGAGGCAGACAGGCAACAAGCUUUACGCGAGUCUCAGAUCAUGGAGCGUGAGCGCAAGGCCAAGAUGCAAGUGGAGCGUCAGCUAGAGGAACGUCAGAGGAAGGCUGUGGAGCAGCGAAAGAAGGAGGAACAGAAGCGCCAGGCUGUGGAGGAGAAGAGGAAGCAGAAACAGGAAGAGGAAAAGGAACAUUACGAGGCAGUGAUGAGACGAACAUUAGAGCGAAGCCAGCGGGUCGACCAAAGACAGAAGAGAUGGUCCUGGGGAGGAUUGUCAACAGACUCUGACGGCCGAGCAGGAGACUCAGAUGCCAGUACCUCAUCUCCAGUAGCUAUAGUAAUCGCUCCUGCCUUACCAGAAAAGCCACCAAGGACUCGAGAAGUAGACAAGCGCUCCACAUCCACCACCAACCUCAAACCGCCAUCAGAGGCGAGCAUCAGUAAACGCCUAUCCUCGUCCUCCGCCACCCUCGUCAAAUCUCCUGACAAAAGUUUUAAAUCCAGGAGUGCUUCUUGUAACCGUUUGCCUCGGAAAGACAGUGCUGCUAAGGAGGAAGGCAAAAAGCUGCCGGUGGAGCAGAAAGGUUCUUCCAUGAAGAAGAGGAGUUGGUCCCUCACACGAGUAAGUGUGGGCAGAGCGCAGACUCCUGCCAAGGCUGCUAAGGGGACAGCAGACAAUCAAGCUCGCAAACAACCGACUUGCACAGCGGACGGAGGGGUCUUUAGUCGCCUGCUCACUCCCACCCAGGCCUCACUAGCUAGGAGCAAGAGCGCUGCUGCCCUUUCCCCUGAAGGAACAGAUGCUCCAGAGUGUUACCUGUGUCCUCGCUCAGCCUCCGCCGCCCCUCUCCACCCGCCGCGCGGGCCGUUGCGCAGCCGCAGCAUCGACCGGCAGAAGACCGGCAUGACCACAUCUGUGUCAGCUGACGGAGCCCUCGACCCAUCGCUGAGCAAGCAGGAAAGAACAUUGGCCUCACCCGUGCGGCAACGCCCACCAUCUCCAUCCAUCCCCAUGGUACGCAACCGCUCACCGUCACCCGCCCCGAAACCAUCUCCGAAGAGGGCUCCUUCCCCAGGAGCAUCAAAGCCAAAUUCAAAGGCGCGCCCGCCCUCGCCUGCAAUGAAACUUUCACAAAAUCCUCAACCAACGUCAGCGAAACCCCCACCAAUCCAGAAACCGGCUCUCACUCCACCAGGGCCCCCGACACUGCGAAAGAGGGACUCCCGCUCCAAGGACAUGUUGUUACCAAUACAGGCCGUGUCACCGCAGUCCUCUGACUCUAGCAAAUCCAAGGACAAAGACGAUUCUAAGACUGGAACUAACUCUGCUGCUGAGGCUGCCAAACUCUUGGCGGAGCACCGCAGACAAAUGCGGGAGCAAAAGGAGAAAGAUGAACAACUCCGAAUACAGCGUGAGGAAGAGGAGAAGCUUAGGAAAGAGGAGGAGGAGCGUCUCGCAGAGGAGGCUCGGAUCAAGCGACAAGAGGAGGAGAAGAAGCUGGCAGAGGAGAGGAGAGUGAGAGAGGAGGAGGAGGCUCAAAGAGCAGAGGAGGAGCGGGAACGACUGGAGGCCGAGGAGGCUUUGAGGCAGGCCGAGCUUCAGAGGGAGCGGGAAGAGGCCGAGGCUAAAGCCCUGGAGGAGGCAGAGAAGGUCCGCCAGGAGCGUGACCGCAUCAUGCAGCAGAACCAGCAAGAGCGUAUGGAGAGAAAGAAGAGAAUUGAAGAAAUAAUGAAAAGAACUAGAAAGGGAGACGGAAAUGAUUUUAAGAGGGAUGAGGACAAGGAGCAAGAUGAUGCUGAAGAUGGAAUGGACACGAUGAGCUUUGACGCAAAGAGUGAAGCACACAUGGGGGACAUGGCCAUGGAGAUGCACAACUGUGGCAAUGGAGUGACAAAAAGAGAAGAACCUGUCGGGUGCCUAAACGGGAGAGAGGAAACGGAUGACAAGGAGAAUAACAAUACUCCAGAAGAGACUCAGGCACUCAACCCAGUUCCAAAGGGCCGCCUGGUGGAAGGCUCGGAGUUCCUAAAUGAGCAAGACUCUGCCAAUGUGGAGCUAGUGUCAAGUCUGGGCAGCAAGACCAGCCAGUGGAGCAUUGAGGAGCUCAUGGAUCGCAACGUCAACGCCAAGACCCACACGCUCAUUGAGUCGGAGGAUUUGAUCAACUGUGACCGGUCGGACGGGACAAAAGGAAGCCCAGUAAACUCCUUGCAUUCCUCCAGUCAAGCCAUAGAGGCCCUGUCAGAAAUUUGAUGCUGCGUCCAGCCGGCGCAGAGAAGCGUCUUCGCUGUUGCAGUCCUCAACUUCCUGAGCACCAUUUCAUAGGUUCCUAACGGUUCCCUCUCCCCAUCAAUUCCAAGGAGGGAGAGCAAGGUGAACUGUAAAGACCUCACCCCAAGUGCUAAGUGUCUCAUCUUCAAGAUGAAGAAAGCUUCAGGGAAAUGUUCCUUCUUCUCUCGUCAGGUCUUCUUUUUCUCCCUUUUGUUUUCUACGUACUAUCCAAGAUGUUUUAUAAACGCGUGUUUUGUGUGUGUCAGCGGUGCGCUGUUGUAAUUUAUUAAUUUUGGCUUAUUUGUUGUUUAGAUGUCAUUUUCUCGUAUCUCGGGGAUUUUUGGCACUUGGCUCUUCUAAAUUUACUUGACCGACAGCUGUUGUUUUUCAGCGUCUGACUGUUAUGGCCUUACCUGUUCUUUUUUUCUUCCACAACUCAAAAUGAGCACGAGUUUCUAAUGCAAACACACAGUUCUCACUAGUAAAAUAAUUCUGUGCACAAGUAGGAUGUCAACUAAAUAUUUAAAAAAGACUAUUCACUUCCUGGCUUUUCCCUGUGUUGCAAUCUGAUUUUUGGCCACAAGAGAGCGUAGCAGGCAUGUUUAAAUUCCCGAAACAACUCAUGGUUGUUUUUGAUAUUCAGGGCUUAGUAUGUUUUGUUGAAUUUUGUACAUUUGUAUAUGGAGCUUGAAUUUGCUAACAAUUUCGUUGUAGUUUGUCAGUUUGUUUCUUUUAACGAAAAAGAAAAAAAAAAUAACGUAAAAUUCCGGAAACUUCUGUUCUUUUAAGUCAUGAAAUCCCCCUUACUGUCUUUUGUCUUCUUUUCACAUGCUAGCUGCUCCAUUUGAAAGAAAGCAAAAUGCAUUUAAGCAACUUAAUAUUUAAUAUAACAAAUGGCUGUUUAUAUAAGAAUAUACAGUUCUACAUAUAUUUAAGUGUUUGUAUUAUAAAACAGUGUUAGGCCAAUGAAGCCACGAUGAGGGCCGAGUAGCAACUCAAAGCGACCGCGGGUUUGCGCCUUCAAUAUUUUUUCCUGCAGUUAAAAUGUUGAAUUCUUCGAGGAUGUCCAUUUACUGCCUUGUUAUUUGUUGGCGUUCAUACCCUCUCGCCAACUAAACGUAAGGACCAGAGAGAGCUUUAAGAAUGUCAAACUUUUGUCCGUAAAUUUUGAUGCGUUUUAAACUUUUAACCUGCCCGUAAAGCACUCAAGAGCACCGCCUGCUGGACAGAAGCUGCUAUCGCAGUCCACUUUAGUUGUUAGCAUUUGGUCACGACAUAGCGCUGUGCCUUAGACGGAGGGUUAGUUUGUAAAGUUACUGUUAACUAAAAUAGUGUUUCCUUACCUUGGCCUCUGACAAUCAAACCUUUGCUAACAAGUUUUUAAAAAUCCUGCCCCACUACCAUCAUAUGUCCACAAAUAAUAUUUGUACUGUAAAUAUAUUAUUCAAGUGUUCUGAAAUUAUACAAACUGUUAAUAAAGUCUCGCAAAACUAGACUUGA